AUGUCUGAGCCUGCUGUCCUGCACGCCGUCAUCGCAUUGAGCGCGGCGCAUCCGUGCAAUUUCGACCCUGAUCAGACAUCAGAUGCAAGAGACAGGUUUACCGUGAAGCAGUACAGCAAGGCGAUUUGCGCGUUACAGCCUCUCUUGAGGUAUGGUGACCGGGCGUCUGUCAUGGUCGUGUUGGUUACGUGUCAGGUAUUUACGUUUCUGGAGUUUAUCCGAGGGAGGUAUCGCAGUGCAGAGACGCAUUUGAGGAAUGGAGUUAGGUUACUGAGGGACAUGAGUUGCAACGAUGGUGGCAAAGUAACAAGUGCCCUUGACAAAGGCAUUGUGAAAAGUUUCAAGGCGCUUAUCACGCAGACGAGUCUGUUUGGCAUUGCAUUCGACGACACCGAACUUUUCCUGUAUCCGCUACAAGCAAGCGGAGUAUCUUCUGGAGAGGCAUUUUCAAGUUCAGAAGAGGCAAAAGAUGCGCUUGAUGCAAUUCUCCGGCACAUCAUGCUCCUGUCCCAGCGAGCCGAAAAGGACAAUGCUACGAGCUCCAAACAGCAAUAUGACGAACGCUGCUCGGCACAGAAGCACAUUUCUGCCGUCCUGGAGUCAUGGCAUAACAACUAUCUCCGAAUCAUGACCCCAAAGUUCAACAAGGAUGCACCCACAUGCCCGGAAUCAGCGUUGGCAUCCUCUCUCCCUUUCGGAACGCACAUCCCCCAAUCAGCAUCCCCCACCUACACCCGUACCCACCUUUCCUACCACCUCCUCCUCAUGUACCACACCAUGGCACGCCUCCUCAACUUGUCGCUCUCGCCCGACUUUUGCCAAACAAGAUAUAAAGCAUACACAGGUCUGUUCCUCGCCAUCCUCACCCACGCCCACACCAUCUUUACGGCAUACAGACUCGCACAGAGCAUCCCUGGAAACGUCAAUCUGGAUGAUUCCGUCAGCGAGUCGGGCUUCAUUGCACCGCUGUACUAUACGGGCAUCAAGUGUCGCGUGGGCCGCGUCAGGCGCUUUGCACAGAGAUUGCUCAGAGUGGUGCCGCACAAGGAGGGCAUGUGGGAUGCGUUUGUUGCGGCCAAUGUAGUGGGCAGGGUUAUGCAGCUUGAAGAGCCUAGUGUAUGCUCAAAGGGGGAAGACGAGCAACAUGUUUCGCUGCUCGAGGUUCCGGUUUUGAGCGUACAAGAUGAGGAGGGUGUCAUUGUCGAGGCAUUGUUCCGCAGCGUCAGUGUGCAAAUGUGUGGGGACGGCGGGAUUGCAGCGCAUGUGACGUGUGUGCGGGAACGAAGUGGUGAGGUUGCCGUGUUUAUGGUGGAUAAUACGUAG